AUGCGCUUCGCUCUGGCCUUGAGAUCGUCCUUGGUGGCGAUAGCCGUCUUGCUUGUCGGGGACCACCAUGUCCUCGCGGAACCUUUCAGCUUUCCACUCCCCAAUGGAUUCCCGUUCCCGAAUGAGACUGCUCUGGAAGAGCUGUUCACACGGGCAGGGGGCAACUUCACCAACGCACCUCUGGCGCCCCGGUUCGAUGAUGACUCGUUGACAAGCUGGAAGCUGCAAGCGUUCAACGAGUUCAUGGAGGUGGCUUUCUUCACACAAUUGAUCGCCAACAUCAGCAACAGCGUGCCAGGCUAUGAGCUGGACUCGGCUACCAGGGAAUAUGUUUUGUCUUCGCUGGAAACCAUCCAGGCGCAAGAGGAGAUGCACGCGUACAACGCCAACGACGCCGUCCGGCACUUUACAAACGGCUCGCACAUGUUCCCGUGCACUUACCAGUUUCCCGUCUCGACUUUCGCCGAGGCUGUCGACUUUGCGCAAACCUUGACCGACAUGUACAUCGGGCUCCUGGCCAACAUCCAGCAGCGGACGGCCGAGCACCUGGGCUCCGACUCCAACUCGAUCGUCUACGUACUGGCCCAGGCUUUGGGCCAGGAGGGCCAGCAGUCGGGCUGGUUCCGCUCCCUGCGGAGGCUUCCGCCGAGCGCCGAACCCUUUCUGACCACGUCCACGCGCGAGUUCGCCCUGAGCUGGAUGCAGCACUGGAUCGUGCCAGGCAGCUGCCCCAACAUGGAGGACAUUCCACUGCGCAUUUUGCCGCCACUGGCCAUCACAGCGGUCUCGGUUGGGGACGCGUCCCACAGCGGGAACGUCACGUUGGUUGCGCCCGGAGCAGUGGACCCAGAUUCGCAGCGCGUCGCCUUCGUCAACGGCGCACUGGUCCCCACCGUGGUCCCGUUCAAAGUCCGGCGGACCACGCCUUGUAGCGGCGAUGGCCGGUUUGCGCAUCGCAUGGAGGGUGGCCAGAACGUUGUGGCGUCGACUGAAAGGGCGGUGUCUGCCAGCAUGGACUUGGAAGAUUGCAUCGCAUCGACCGAGAUCGUGGCCGACAUGCCGUAUGCACAUAAUGUCAUGCACGGGUUGGUCCUCAUGGCCGUGGUGGAAAGCCGUGAGGAGUUCAUCACUGCUCAGGAUGUGACUGACGCGACUGUGUUUGGUCCGGCAUUGCUCGAGUGGAGCUAA